CUAAUACAUACUGUUAAACCUGCGCUUAUAUCCGGACAGAUAUGGCGCACUCGCGUUUUCUGUUCGUGUUAGUUUUUGUUGGUGUUGUCGGAAACGCGCUCGGAGCGGACAGUGUUUUUGGAGACGUGUUUGGUUGGGGAGUUGCCACCUCUGCUUUCCAGACAGAGGGGGCAUGGAAUGUGAAAGGAAAGGGUGAGAGUGUCUGGGACCGGUAUGCCCACGAUCGAGGUGGAGACAAUGGUGAGAACACAUGCGAUGGAUACUACCGUGUGGACGAGGACAUAUCCUACCUGAGGAAAAUAGGGGUAACCCACUACUCGUUCUCCAUCGCGUGGACGAGAAUCUUCCCGAACGGACAAUCUGCGAGCCGGAGCGAGGACGGGAUCCAGCACUACCGGGACCUGGUUCGAAAGCUCGUGGAGAGCAACAUCAAACCAGUGGUGACGCUCUACCACUACGACCUGCCCCAGCAGCUGAUGGAGCAGGGUGGCUGGGAAAACGCCGACACCAUCACCAGAUUCGAGGAGUACGCACGAACCGUGUUCACAGCACUAGGGCAUCAGGUGAUGCACUGGAUUACUAUUUACGACCCGUACGGGGUGGCGUUCACAUACGGUAACGCCAGCUUCGCCCCCGCAGGCGUCAUACAUCCGGCCACAGGGCCGUACAAAGCAGCGCACAACCUCAUUCAAGCCCACACCCGCGUCUACCACAUGUACCAGAAGGACUUCAAGACUCAACAGGGUGGAAAUGUCGGCAUCACACUGAAGUCGGAUAUUUUCAAGGGAGCGGCCGGAGACGGAAGCGACAAUGUGGCGGCUAAACGGGCGGCUGAUUUCAGCCUUGGUUGGUUUGGCGAGCCACUGAUGGGAGCAAACGGAGAUUACCCAGAAGUUAUGAAGACCAAAGCCGCGACACGCCUGCCAAUCUUUACAGAAGAACAGAAAACAAAGAACAAAGGCGCAGUGGAUUUCCUCGGGUUGGCUAUUGGCGUGGUUAAGCGUGUGGCCGAUGCACCGUCCACGGCCAGCCUCCAGGAGGGAUUGAUGAAAGAUCAGGCAGUACUCACGAAAGGCACCCAAAGUUCCGGUGAGACGGACAUCAAGGACUUCCUGCUGUCUGUGAAAUCCCGCUACAACAAUCCCGAGAUGUUUAUUUUCGACAUAGGAUAUGGCGACUGUGGAACCCUCUAUGACCAGGCCAGAAUCGACUACAUGAAAAAAUACAUCAGCGCCCUCGGAAAAUCCAUUGGCUCCGACCAUGUACGUGUGAGCGGCUAUUUCCCACCAUUCAUGGACAGUUACGAUUGGGAGACGGGCUUCAAGACCAAGCGGGGCAUCUAUCACAUCGAGUUUGACCGGAAGGACAGGAUGGACAAGGCGUCAGCACGUUUCUACCGGACACUCAUACAGAAUAGAGGAAGUGAUUUCCAGUACCCGCCCGAGUUUGUAAAUGACGUGAUCAGAGAAAAAGACACUUUCCUAGACGAAAAAUUUCCGGUGGGGUUCAGCUGGGGCGUGGCCACGGCUGCCUAUCAGAUCGAGGGAGGAUGGAAUGAGGAUGGUAAGGGGCCGAGUAUAUGGGACAAUUUUGCUCACGAUAACCGCCUGGCUUAUGGAGACACUGGCGACGUGGCCUGUGACAGCUACCACAAGUACAAGGAGGACGUUCAGAUGGUCAAGCGGCUGGGCGUUUCCCAUUACCGGUUCUCGAUCGCGUGGAGUCGUCUCCUCCCCGACGGUACGGCGACGUCACUGAACCCCGCGGGCCUGGCCUAUUACAACAACCUCAUCAACGAACUUGUUGCUAACGGAAUCACACCCAUGGUAACGCUAUACCACUGGGACCUGCCCCAGGCGCUUCAGAACUUCGGAGGUUUCGAGAACGACACCAUCGUGAACUACUUCAAUGACUACGCCAAGAUCUGCUUUGAAAACUUCGGAGACAGGGUUCCACUGUGGAUCACAUUUAACGAGGCAUUCGUGGUAUCGUGGCUUGGCUACGGUAUCGGCGUGUUCGCCCCGGGGGUGAGCAAGCCAGGUGACGGGGUGUACAGGGUGGCCCACAAUAUCAUCAGAUCGCACGUUAAAGCCUACCACACCUAUGAUGACCAUUUCAGACACCGAUAUCAUGGCAAGGUGGGUAUAACGCUGGACUGUGACUGGAAGGAGCCCAUAACGACGGACGCCAUGGAUCGAUACGCGGCGGAGCGCGCACUUCAGUUUAAGCUAGGCUGGUUCGCCAAUCCCAUAUACGGAAACGGCGACUACCCGGCCGUCAUGCGCUACACUGUGGACCGGAAGUCCCGCAAGGAGGGGCGGAACGAGUCACGGCUGCCAAGAUUCACAGAGGAGGAAAUCAAGAUGAACAAAGGUUCUUAUGAUUUCUUCGGCCUGAACCAUUACACGAGUCAGUACGUCCGCCACAACCGAGACAACAGGGAGAACCACUAUGAGGGUGACCAGGACUUGUACACCAAGGUGGACGACUGCUGGCCGGGUUCAAGGUCAGACUGGCUUAAGGUUAACCCGUGGGGCCUGCGGGGUCUACUGCGCUGGGUCCAGGAUCAAUAUGGCAACCCACCCCUCUACGUCACGGAGAACGGAAUCUCUGAUGACGGCACGCUGGAGGACCAGAACAGGGCAGACUUUUAUAGGAGCUAUACUAAUGAAAUGUUGAAAGCCAUCAAACUUGACGGGUGUGACGUUAAGGGCUACAUGGCCUGGUCCCUGAUGGACAACCUGGAGUGGACUUCCGGUUACACACAGAAGUUUGGCAUCUUCCAGGUAGACUUCAACUCACCCAACCGAACACGAACACCUAAGAGGUCGGCAGCGUUCUACUCAGAGUUAGCUAGAAAUAACGGCUACAGCUGAUUACGUCGGGUCCGUCGACGAUUAUUAGUUUAUAAAAUGAAUAAAUCCGCAUCAUUUUAGUCCGGUCAUGUAUGUGAUUCGUGCUAUAUGUUAUCACGUGUUUAUAUCAGCUUAAAGCAGUUUGACACACUAACUUCGUAAAGAAGUCAUAC